AUGUCUAACCAUACGCAGAACAUCACACAACUUCCCAGCAAUCCUCAAUACUACACCGCUACCACUAAUCUCACUCCCCAACGCCUUGGAGACUCACGAACUGAACUAUCAGGUUUCAAUGUUUCAAGGUCUAUCUCAAACACUGACCUCAUGUACGUCUAUGCACCGGAAUCAUGGAAUUCAAUAACGCUAACAACGUCAACAAACUCAAAAACACACAUGAAAACUAGCGAAAUCUCGGCGGCCGAAAUGCCACCACACAGUCUGGAAGCUAUCGAAAAUAUGUGGUAA